AUGGCUCGGAUGUCUGUUGUCCAUUCCGCACCUAGAACUCUUGGUGCUACUAUCACAGCCGCGGCACACUACCAAGGACGAGAAGAAGACCACUUCAAAUUUGAAAUCGUAGCUUCUGAUGCUGGCGGUGAGGUUGGUCGAUCAAUAUUCUGGCACUCGAUAGUGUGCAAGGAGAAUCUUGAAAAUAUGGCUUGUCUCCGCGGCCCCAUGGCGCGAACCAUGCUAGCUGAAAAGAACUCACGUUUUCGCUGUAGUGGUGAAGGAGACAAAGACUCUGGCAAAUGCAAAAUGUGUUAUCCAUUCCGAAUGGCCACGUGGGACUGGAAAUCGAGCGACAUACUGCAUAAUGGCUACUCUCGUGGCUUCCAUCAUGCGGUUCAUCAUGGAUCCACAGCGCUGGUGCGGUUGUGGUUAAGGUGCGGAGUAGACCUAUCUGCUCUCUGGGAAACUGCACUGUAUAUCGCAGUCUACUCUGGAAGGGCCGAUGUGCUGAAAAUGCUGAUGGAAAAGGGUGCCAACCCCAAAGAGUGGCGGGUUAGCCAGAUCGAUUCCCCAACAGUAUUGCACAUAGCAUCUAAAGGGAAAAGCGAAGCGUGA